GAACCACCUAAGUAAUUCUACACAGUCAUUCUAGGCAGAAUCACGAUUGAAUUUCGGAAUCUUUAGUCUUUUUUUAUCUGGAGUGGCAGAGUGUUUUUGUUCAUUCUCCGAAAACGCAAGUAGGUGAAGAAAUUGGUGGUAGCUGCAGUUAUUCUUCUGUGAACAAGGUGGUCUCCACACACAAGUACAAUGAGCUACGCGUUCGCCACGGCAUCCAUGGUUGCCAUGCUGCUCGCCGUGAUUUGGCAGCCAGCACUGACUAGAAGUCUGAGAGCGGAGCCAAAUGGCACUGCGGACCAUGAACCAGGAAAUGGAUCGUGCAUGACUGCUGUUCUCCGGCUUCUGCCGAUCAGAACGCACAGCGUUGAGAAUACUGAGCUGCUCCUGAAAAGCAUACCGCCACCGGUGGAUCAGCUAAACGCGGCCAGCGCCAAUCUCCCGAUCCUCUCCGCACUGCUAGGUGGCCUCGCGCCAGCCAAGAUGCUCAUAAAGUGCCUCACCGGUCAGUUGGAAGCAUGUGAAUCUCAUCAUCCAUGCAGCAAUGCAGGAGCGUGUGUCUUCGCAGCGUCCGAGAUGCAUCAGGGCCGCUACCAAUGCCACUGCAACCCUGGUCACACUGGCAGAUACUGCCAAAUAGCCACGCCAUCUUGUACAAGACAACCCUGUGCGAAUGGCGGUACUUGUGAAACAACAGCAUUGUCAUACCGGUGCCACUGUAUGCCAUUCUACUCCGGGAAGCAUUGCGAGAACAAAUGGAUCGAUGAGGAGAUGUUUAGUUCACUUUCAACAACAGUUAACAAAAUUGCUAAGGACCUGACGCAUCAUAAGCAGCACUCCCGGCACCAUCACGCCAAGGCGAUCAGCCAGAUGGAAACGAUUCUAAAAAACCUGGAGCGAAAGAUAGUUUUCAACAUCACGUCGAGCCUAGCUGAGCUGAACUCACGUGUGGUGCAAUUGGAAGCAGAGCAUCAAAAUGAGCCUAUGAUGGUCACUACACCAGCCUAUAUCCCAACUCCACAAGCGUCUACCACAGAUGUCAUCGACAGUAGUGAGCAAUGCUCACGAAGGGAUCGUGGUCCAUCCGGCGUUUUCAUAGGCAGCACCAGCUACGGACCCUUCACUGCCUACUGUGAUCGAGUGACCGAUGGAGGUGGCUGGACUGUGUUUCAGAGGAGAAAGGAUGGCUCAGUAGAUUUCUUCAAGGACUGGGAUGCGUACAAGCAAGGCUUCGGAUCAGCUGCUGGUGAAUUCUGGCUGGGUUUGGAUAUAAUUCAUUCCUUGACUUCACAAGCUGAUCAGAGAUAUGAACUGCGCAUAGACAUGAUUGAAAGCACAUCAGAAAGCAAGCUAGCAAUCGGAUAUUCCUCGUUCAGAGUCCACAAUGAGAGCGAUGGGUACCGGUUGCUUGUGUCCGGAUUUUCCACCUACACAAGUGAUACGACAUUGGGAGACUGGAUUGGCAAGCACAACAAAAUGCAGUUCACCACAUUUGACCGCGACAAUGAUCAGUUCACAGGAGGCAACUGCGCUCGUGCCUACACCGGUGCAUGGUGGUUCAAGCUAUGCCAGGCAAUCAAUUUGAACGGCCCCUAUCGCAGACAUGGAAAUGCGACUGGGGUCACAUACAGCUUCCUUGGGCGAACCGUGUUGAGGCUCGUUGAACUGAAGUUUCGAAAGAAGGUGUGACGUGCACUACACAUUGCCAGAUAUCGGAAGGAAGACAUUACCACAGCUUCGCGCAUCCAAGUAGACGGAGUAUAACACAUCAGUCGAAAGCCAUUGUCCUUCGUUCUACUCAUGAUGCUCGGCAUCGAUAUAUUUUGGCACUUUCUUCCUUUUUCGCACUCAUCCAUGUAUCCAGUUACAAAUAUAUAAUAUGGUGACGUCAUUCCUUCUAGUUCCCAAACAUGCAUGCUCAUCUGCCUAUCUAAGCUAUGUGUGUGCACUCACGCCAUGAAAGGUUUCCCCUUUUUCGAGUAAUGCCUGAUAUAAAUUCUCUUCCAAAUCGUUCAAAAUCAAUAAAUGCCCUCCUUCUCAAUUCCGGUGUCCAGAAGCCUCUCAUUUCAAACUCAUAGCAUUUUCUCACGUUUUCACUCGAAAUACACGAGUGUGUGUUUUCCUGCUGAAGCCUUGUUAUCUCAUUAUCCUUUUUGUAUCUGUGUCCCAAAAUCUUGUGUGACGGUUCUUUCGGCUUGAUAAUUCCUGGUUUAGUGUUA